UGAAUGGACAAACGGCUGAGAUCCGGAGAGAAGAGCCAAAUCGUAGUUUAGAGGAGUCGUGAUCAGUCAGUUCAUCUCACCAAAUUUGAGCGGCCUUUCGUCUCUUCCAAAAGGAAAGACAAGAUGACUACCAAAGGAGCCGGGUAAGGUUUAGCCCUCCAAUUUCUGCUGUCUGCUUUGGUCUCACCACCCAAACCCAAUUUCCUUCAGAUCAUUAUACCCCGCUCUUCAUUUGAUCCAUUCUCCUGCGAAGAUGAUGAAGCCUCAUCUUCCCAACUUUCGUACAGGCUUUCGGAUUUUCAAUUCCUUCCUGUGCUCGUGCUUUGAAACCGGGCCCAGCUCCUCCAGGGUUGCUGCUUCCCCUUAUGCAACUUGCACUAGUGCUACGUUGCCGGAAGAGCUCAAUCAAGUCUCCAACAAUAUGUUGGUUGAUUCAUUCGGAAGGCAUCACACUUACUUGAGGAUCUCCUUAACAGAGCGCUGCAAUCUGCGAUGUCAAUACUGCAUGCCGGCUGAGGGUGUCGACCUCACUCCUGCCUCCAACAUUCUCUCACAGAAUGAACUUGUUCGUUUGGCUAAUCUCUUUGUAAGCUCCGGGGUCAAUAAGAUUCGUCUGACUGGAGGAGAGCCAACUGUAAGGAAAGAUAUAGAAGACAUCUGCUUGCACUUGUCUAACUUGAAGGGAUUAAAAACACUGGCUAUCACUACUAAUGGAAUCACUCUUGCACGGAAACUGCCCAAGUUGAAAGAAUGCGGCCUUAACGCCGUCAACAUUAGUUUAGACACCCUGGUCCCGGCCAAGUUUGAGUUCCUGACCAGGCGUAAAGGCCAUGAAAGGGUUAUGGACUCAAUUAAUGCUGCCAUAGACCUCGGUUAUAAUCCUGUUAAGGUAAAUUGCGUUCUGAUGCGUGGGUUCAAUGAUGAUGAGAUUUGUAAUUUUGUAGAACUGACACGUGAAAAGCCAAUCAACAUUCGAUUCAUCGAGUUCAUGCCUUUUGAUGGAAAUGUAUGGAAUGUUAAGAAACUUGUACCCUACGCUGAAAUGCUGGAUACUGUGGUAAGGUAGAACUCUGAUGGAUAAUCGUACCAAGUGAAUCCAAC